AUGACAGAGACGGUCCAAGCCCCUGAAGAUGCGGCGGCCGCGCGCGCAGCCGAGCAAGUGCGUCUGCGCAAAGAACGCCGCGAAGCCAAAAUCAAGGCUGGCGGCGCCUCGCGACUCAACAAAAUCACAGGUCUGGGCGGCGGUGUAGCACGAGAUCCUCAACCACAGCCCCAAACUCAAGCCCCGACACCUCCCCCCCCGCAACCCACACCACAGUCCAAUCAUGAAGACCCCGACGAAGUCGACAUAUCACAGCACUACUACGAUCCGCGCACCACAGGACGUGCACUGCCUGCCGAGCCCUCGCUCUCUGAGGCCCAGCUGCGCCAGAUGAUGCUCGGUUUUGAACCGCCACCAGGAUCCAGCCCCAACGCUGGAGCCCAACGAAACCCAUUUGCGAGACCCGGCAGCGGCGGUGGCGGUUCCAAUAUGGCAGGUGUGGAGGACGAUCCCAUGAUGAAGAUGAUGCAGCAAAUGAUGGGUGGCGCUGCCGGAGCGGGAGGAAACCCUUUUGUAGGCACCGGCAUGGAAGGACUAUUCGGCGGCGCCGGUGGCUUAGAUGGGAUGCAGCAAGCGCAGCAGGCGGUAACGGACAAACCAGCUAACAUCUGGCGGAUCGUGCACGCCGUGUUUGCGCUGGGACUGGGACUGUACGUCGCGCUGAGCACGACGUUCACGGGCACGAAAACGGAGAGGGAGGCGUUGUCCAUCAGCGCCACACUAUCAGGCCACAGCAUCGAGCAGACGAGGGCGUACUUCUUUUACUUGUUUACGUCGGUCGAGGCGGUGCUGCUGACAUCGCGAUUUUUCCUCGACAAGAACCGCGCGCCGCCUAGUGGGGUGAUCUGGAGUAUUACCGGGUUCUUGCCGGGUCAGUUCAAGAGCGGCGUGAGACAUGCGCUUAAGUAUGGUCAGAUUCUGAGCACGGUUCGGAGCGAUGCGCUGGUCUGUGUUUUCGUGCUGGGGGUUUGCUGCUGGCUGAGAUCAUGA